AUGAAACUUGAACAAAUACCUAAAUCUAUACGACUAUUAUUUGAUAUAUAUAAACAAUUAUCAACGAUUCAAAAUUCUGUAUAUCAUCCACAAAUUGGAUCAUAUUUAUCUCAAACCAAUGAUUUAAAUUUAAUAUAUCAACAAUGGAAAAUAUUAACUAAUAAUAGGAAAAAAGGAGAUUCAAUUAAAAAUAUUAAUGAAAAACAAUUUUAUAAACCAUCGAUAUAUUUUGGUGAUUAUGAAUUAUCCAAUACAAAGAAAUUAUUUAAAAAACCUAAUGAGAAUCAUUUUUCAUCAAUGACAGGAUUACCAUUAAAAGAUCCAAUUUUUCCAAUUAAUAGUGUUGAUAAAAAUCAUUAUGGACAAUUUAUUAAUAAUAUUGAAAAUAAUUUAUUAUCAUAUUAUUCACCUUAUAAUAUUUAUCCUAAUAAUUCAAAAUCUCAAUUAAUAUUUAAAUAUUAUUUACAAAAAUUUGAUCAAUCAAUUCCAAUAACAAUUUUAUUAAAACAAAAAUUUCAAUUAUUUUCAAAUUUUUCAAUAAAUCAUUGGGAUAAAUUAUAUUUUGAUAUGAAAAGACAAACAAGAAGACAAAAUAUUUUAUGUAAUAUUGAUGAUAUUAUUCCACCAAAAAUUAAACUGAUUGAAUUAUCUAAAAGACAAUUUGAAUUUAUUAAUAUUAAUCGAAUUGAUUUAUUUAAAUUGGCUUUAAAAAAUUAUCAUUAUUUUAAAUCAUUACUGAAUAAUAUUUCAAUAUUUCUGAAUAAAUUCAAUUUAAAUAAAAAUUUACAAAUUGCUCCAUGGGAAGAAUUAGCUAAAGAUAAUACUAAAGAUGAGGAUGAAGAUGAUGAAUUGAUUAAAAUGAUUGAUAAUAAUUUUAAAAUAGAAAUUAUUGAUCAAUCUACUGGUAAUAUAAUUUUACCUAAUGAUUCAAAAUUAUUAGAAUUUCUUAUUAAAGAAAAAUCAUUUGUGAAAAAUUUAGAUCAAGAUGAAAUAAUUGAUUAUAGUCAACAAUUUCCUUAUCAAUUAAAUUUUGAUAAAUAUUAUAUGUUAAAUAUUAUGAAUUUUAAUGAUCAAGAUACUAAACUUUCUAAAUUUAGUAGAAUAUUAAAUUUAACUGGGUUAACUUCUAUCAAUAAUAAAGAAAAUGAUUUUACAUCUGAUGUUGAAAUUGUUGGAGUUCGAUUAUCAUUAGAUAAUAAAGAAAUUAAUCGUAUGAUUAAUGAAAUAAAUGAAAUUAAAUCUAAUAAUAAUAGUGAUAAUAAUAGUUUCACUUAUGAAGAUAUUUUAAAAUUAAUUCAUAAACCUGUUAAUAAAAAUGCAUUAAAAUCAUUAAUGGAUUUUUUGGCUAUAAGAGGGAUAAUUAAAGUUAAACAAAGUGCUGAUAAAAGAGGAUUAUAUUUAUUACCAUAA